AUGGAACCGAAACAGCGAACGACCUGUGCCGAAAUAGAGGCGAAAAUCCGCCAAUGUUUCGAGCAGCGUCGACGCGUCUACAGUAAUAAGUGCGCCAUAACAAUCAGAUGGGAGGAUGAUGAUACCAAUGCAAUGAUAGAUGCGUUUCAUUUCAAAGAUGUUGCCAGAAUACUCGGUGUUGACGAUGUACACGAGUCCGAGAUUUCUAGCGCGUUUGCGGUCCCUAGCAUGUAUGUUGAAUGGGAGAUCGCAUGCUGCAUGAAGAAUAGCUUUGCGGCCCAAAAAGAUGGAACACACCUUAUUAUCAUUCACUAUGCUGGUAAUGGACUCUAUGAACCAGAGCGAGGACAAUACUUCUACCCUACUGAAGACUCUUCGCACCGAUUCUACCUUCGAUCCCUUCUACACCCUAUCUUGACCUUUGCCGAAAUCGAUGGACCGGCCUUCGACGUUGUUUUGAUUCUUGAUUCAUACUGUUCUCCAUCCAUUACUCCCAUUGUCCAACCAAAACCAGGCCAGACGAUUGAGCUUCUUGCGCCCCUUGGGUAUAGCCACGAUAGUUAUCCCGUGACUGUUAUUGAACCCAGAAGAUCUGCCUCUAUCACAAACACAUUCACAUCAAGGAUAGCCAGAGCUCUAACGCAGUGGGAAUUACAGGGUUUCAGAGAUAUGAAUUUUGCUACCCUUCUUGGUGUAGCGCAAGAGGAAGAGGGCAUAUACAAACCAAUACACAAGUUUCUUGCUGGGUCUUUACCCAUAAAAAUCGGCAUUCCCCCAUACGAUAACGAUCUACCGAUAGAUCCUCAGGAGUCCGGACCAGAACCUGUUCCCGGGCAAAUAGAUGCCCUUAUCACUUGCAGCAUUGUUCAUGAUCCGGCCUUAGGUGAUCGUGACAGACUGACGCAAUGGAUAGACAGUCUCGAUGAGUGUAUGAGGGUGUAUGUUCAUUAUGUGUCCGAGCGCGGCAAUAAUGGCUCGCCCAUUUUGGCCUUGCGAGCGCCAUUUCACGUUGCCUGUGUAUUGGAAUCCUUGCCCGGAGUCGUGUUGAAGAAUCGAAGAUAUACUAUGUACUAA